GUACAAAGGAUCCCCAAGGCGAGGCUGUGGGACGAAGGUGAACUGCAUAUUUGAGCACUGUGAAACACUUGAUAUUACUAGUAAAAAAUAAAUAAAAAAAAGUUUGGAAGCUCAUUUAACACUAGCCAACUGACAGUUUACAUGCUUUAAUUGCUAUUGUUAUUGUUAAAGAAAAAAUAUUGUUUUUUAAUUGUACAUUUUAUUGUACAUAUCACAAUAAAGUGAGUCAUGCUUUAAAUCGAGAUUAUAUUGUCAAACAUUUACCGUAAUCAGACGUAUAAAUGCGCACACGUAACGGGCCGCUUGAAUGUGGCCCAACUCUCCUUGCAUAACUCAAGUUAGGCUGCUUAUUACGUUACGCCUUCCCCAUAGUACUCUGUGCAGCAUGGACACUACAGUGUACGCACUGCACACAAAAUAACAUUUGCUUUUAAUUGACUCGCGUUCCCUUUUUUAGGGCAAUGUAUCGUUCUAUGCGCACUUAAAGCAUAACACAUAGUUUUCCAGCGUGGAUUUGCGUUUAGCUCCUCCUGUAGCGCGCAUGCCGAUUUUUUUUUUCCUUUUUUCCUGCGCUCCUGCACAACCUUUGACUCUUAAACAUGGCUGUCACGAAGAAAGUCCUCAUUACUGCCGCUGUUGCUGCCCUCGCAGCCUUCGUUGGGCACGCGUAUUUCAAACUUCAGAGAGUGACUCUUGCCUCUAGAGGGGAUCUACCUGUCAAACACCUGAACUGCCAUUAUCUAGACGGUAUUGAAUAUGGGGCAGAGGACAUCACCAUACUUAAAGAUGGACUGGCCUUCAUGAGUACGGGGUUGAAGUAUCCGCCAUUGCCUUCAUUCUCCGAUGGACCAGGGAAAAUGUAUGCUUUGGAUCUGCUGCACCCAUGGCCAACUCCAGUGGAGCUGCAGAUCAAAGGAGAACUGGACCUCAGUUCGUUCAAUCCGCAUGGCAUCAGUGUAUAUGAAGCAGAUGACACCGUGUACCUGUUUGUCGUCAAUCACCCUCAGCCUCAAAAAAGCCAAAUAGAGAUCUUCCGUUUUGUUGAGGAGGACACACUUGUGCACCUAAAAACUAUUAAGCACCCCUUACUCCACAGUGUGAACGACAUUGUCGCGGUCGGAGUGGAGAGCUUCUAUGCCACAAACGACCACUUCUUCCACAGUGACGCGCUUAGCAUUCUGCUUCUCACCCUGGGUCUGCAAUGGUGUGAUGUGGUGUACUACAGUCCAGGCGAAGUGCGGGUGGCGUUCAGUGGAAUUCAGUCCUCGAACGGGAUCAACAUAUCUCCCGACAAACGGCAUAUUUAUGUUUCGGAUAUCACCGACCAUGAUGUGGACGUUUUUGAGAGACGAGAAGGGGAACAGUUGGUGUUUAUCAAGUCUGUAGCCGUUGGGUCACUUUGUGAUAACAUCGAGGUGGACCACUGGACCGGAGACUUAUGGCUAGGUUGUCAUCCAAACUCCAUGAAGCUGUCAAACUUCAACCCUGAAGACCCUCCCGGCUCUGAGAUUGUCAAGGUCAAGGACAUUCACUCAGAGCGGCCAGUGGUGACCCAGGAGUACAUCGACGACGGUCGUGUGAUCAUUGGGUCCACCGUGGCAGCUCCCUACGAGGGGAAGCUGCUCAUUGGCUCGAUUUUCCACAAAGCCUUACAAUGUGACUUGAAAUAGUUUGUGCAAUAUGUACCUAUGAUCCCUACUCUUGAUAGAAAUGUUGCAAGAAACAGCCUGCAUGGGUACAAAAUAGAAAAUUUAAUCUUGAUCAAAUGUUUGCAAAAAAUAAGAUUUACACUGGUUCAUUUAGUGCAGCCAACGUUGAAAUGAAUACAUCAAAUAUUAUCGUUGGGAUUCAGGAAGCCAUUUUACAGUACAGCCUCAGUUUCUAUACAUUUGUGCAUUUGUCCCUUCUCUCAUUUGAUACACGGUAUUUACAAUA